ACCCUGCCGUGAUUCGCCGCCCCGCCAGGCGGCAGCGGGCCUCAACUUUCCUCCACUUUCUGUCCCUUCCUAUUUAUUUAUUUAUUUUAGUUACCGGACGGUGACGUCAGCCCGGAGGAAAGCUGCCGUUACACCGGAGGACACUGCACAGCCCGGGCCAGGACCAGGACCAGGACCGGGGCGGCCCCACCGGCUCCCGGCCGUCUGUUUGUUUGUUGUCCGACCGGAGACAUGGGGACGGUGUGAACGGAUCAGCGCGUGGCUUCCUCCGGUACUAGAGGUGGAGUGGGCGGAGCUGCGUGAUGGCGGGUGCGUCAGUGAAGGUGGCGGUGCGAGUCCGCCCGUUCAACUCCAGAGAGACGUGUCGCAACGCCAAGUGUGUGAUCCAGAUGCAGGGAAACACCACCUGCAUCUCCAACCCCAAACAGCCCAAAGAUGGAGCCAAGAACUUCACCUUCGACUACUCCUACUGGUCACACACGACGGCUGAGGACCCCGGCUUUGUGUCUCAGAGGCAGGUCUACAAAGAUAUCGGAGAGGAGAUGCUGCUGCACGCCUUCGAAGGAUAUAAUGUGUGUAUUUUUGCAUACGGCCAGACGGGUGCAGGAAAGAGCUACACCAUGAUGGGCAAACAGGAGCCUGGACAGGAAGGCAUCAUACCACAGGUGACGCCGAGUAGUGUGAGAGGCAGAGCUGGAGGGAAGAGCCAGGGGCAGCUGGAGGCUGGAUGGGGAACGUCCAGAGGAACAGAGCAGGAGAAACAUGGGCUGGAGACGGAGCAAGGCUGGGACAUCUCAUCUUUAGAGGAGGGUCCUGAGCCACCAACCUCCUGCAGAACGAUGGAGGAAAUAGUCAUGAAUCCCCUUGUAGUGGAGGACCUGUCCAAACUGGCUGUGACCGGGUUCACCGACAUCCGAGACCUGAUGGACGCCGGCAACAAAGCCCGGACGGUUGCAGCCACGAACAUGAAUGAGACGUCGUCCAGGUCACACGCUGUCUUCACCAUCGUCUUCACCCAGAAACGACGAGACCAGUUGACCAGUCUGGACACUGAGAAGGUCAGUAAGAUCAGUCUGGUCGACCUGGCUGGGAGUGAGCGAGCCGACUCAUCAGGGGCGAGAGGCACCAGGCUCAAGGAAGGAGCGAACAUCAACAAAUCUCUGACCACGUUAGGAAAAGUGAUAUCAGCCUUAGCCGAGAUGAGCAAUAAGAAGAGAAAGAGCGACUUUAUUCCCUACAGAGACUCUGUUCUCACCUGGCUACUGAAGGAAAACCUGGGGGGAAACUCCCGGACGGCCAUGAUCGCUGCUCUUAGUCCUGCUGACAUCAGCUAUGAAGAAACACUGAGCACUCUGAGGUACGCCGACCGCGCCAAACAGAUUCGUUGUAACGCUGUGAUCAACGAAGAUCCAAAUGCCAAACUGAUCAGAGAGCUGAAGGCCGAAGUGGAGCGGCUGAGGAACCUGCUGUUCUCCCAGGGCCUGCAGGAGCUGCUGGGCAACGCCGGUACACUCCCAGUGCACGUCGCCAACAACAGCAGCCAGAGCGGUGCUGCAGGUGUGCCCCCCUCCCCACUGCAGCUGGCUCUCGCAGCCAACGGGGUCGCGCCUAAGAACGGCUCCGCCCUCCCAGGUGGGUGGGCUGAGCCGGCGUCUGCAGGUGACGUAGAUGCUGACCCCGACAUCCUGAUGGAGAACAGAGACGAAGGAGAGGAGGUGGUCGCUACGGAGACCAUCAGUAAAGAGGAAGCGGCCGAGAGACUGCUGGAAACGGAGAAGAUCAUCGCUGAACUGAACGAAACGUGGGAGGAGAAACUAAGAAAGACAGAAUCUAUCCGUCUGGAGAGAGAGGCCCUGCUGGCGGAGAUGGGCGUGUCCAUCAAAGAAGAUGGAGGAACACUGGGCGUCUUCUCUCCUAAAGGAACGCCUCACCUGGUCAACCUGAACGAAGACCCGCUGAUGUCAGAGUGUCUCCUGUACUACAUUAAAGAGGGCUUCACCAGGGUGGGACAGCAGGACGUGGACAUCAAGCUGUCCGGCCACUUCAUAAAGGAGAUUCACUGUGUGUUUGUCAGUGAGACCAACGAGCAGGGGGAGGUGGUGGUCACUCUGGAGCCGCUGCCUGGAGCUGAGACGUACGUUAACGGGAAGCAGAUCAGCGAGGCCGUCGUCCUCAAACAAGGUAACCGCAUCGUGAUGGGGAAGAACCACGUGUUUCGGUUCAACCACCCGGAGCAGACGCGGCUGGAGAGGGAGCGCAACGCCACGGCCGAGCAGCAGGCGGAGCCAGAGGACUGGAACUACGCCCAGAAAGAGCUGCUGGAGAAACAAGGCAUCGACAUCAAACUGGAGAUGGAGAAGAGGCUGCAGGACAUGGAGUCUCAGUACCGUAAAGAGAAGGAGGAGGCCGACCUGCUGCUGGAGCAGCACAGACUGUACGCAGACAGCGACAGCGGCGACGACUCCGACAAACGCUCCUGUGAGGAGAGCUGGAAGCUGAUCUCCUCCCUCAGAGAGAAGCUACCUGCCCACAAGGUGCAGUGCAUCGUGAAGCGCUGCGGUCUGCCCAGCAGCGGGAAGAGGAGGGAGCCUCUCCGAGUCUACCAGAUCCCCCAGAGGAGGAGGAUCAGCAAAGACCCCAAACGGGUCACCAUCGAAGACCUCCGCAUGCAGGCCGUCAAAGAGAUCUGCUACGAGGUGGCUCUGGGAGACUUCCGUCACUCCCGUCAGGAGAUCGAAGCGCUGUCCAUCGUCAAGAUGAAGGAACUGUGCCGCAUGUACGCCAAGAAGGAUUCCAACGAGAGGGAGAGCUGGAGGGCCGUGGCCCAGGACGUCUGCGACACUGUGGGCAUCGGGGAGGAGAGGAGCCCCCCCACGGAGGAGGGAGGGGGAGGAGGAGAGACGGGAGAGGGAGGGGACAAAGGAAACGUGUAUGACCUGAAGGCUCACAUCGACAAACUGACUGAUAUUUUGGAGGAGGUGAAGCUGCAGAACAACAUGAAGGACGAGGAGAUCAAGGCUCUGAGGGACAGAAUGAUCAAGAUGGAGAGCAUCAUACCUGUUCAGGAUGACGAUGUGAACGGCGAAGGAGGCGGGUCUCCUCAGAGGGACGGGGCCGGCGACAGCCCCAACCCGCCAGAGGCCAGAGUUCAGCGGCUGAUGGAUGAAGACCCGGUGUUCAGGAGAGGACGCCUCCGCUGGCUGAAACAGGAACAGCAACGAAUCCUGAACCUGCAGCAGCAGAACAUCACCAAGAAACUGCGAGGACAGAACCAGAACCAAGGUCAGAACUCCCCCACGGUUCCCAUUCAUCUCCCAGGGACCGGACGCUUCAUCCCUCCCCAGGAGUGCAAGCUUAAGUUCCCCUUCAAGAGUAACCCCGCCCACCGGUUGUCAUGGGGAUCAGCCAGCGCCACCCUGCAGGCUCUGGGUCUCGAGGGGGGAGGAGAAGAUGAGGGAGAGCAGGGGGAGGAGGGAGGAGGAGGAGUGGACGGUAAAGGUUCUCCCUCACCACCUCCUCCUGUCCAGCGUCAGUCUCCUGCUCUCUUGCCCCCCCCCUUCCAAGCCCCACCCCCUCGCAUGCGCACCCCUAGCCCUCAUCGCGCCUGGCAACAGCGUAACCACGGCAACCAGGGUAAUCAGGGUGGCUUCUACUACCAUCACCAGGGAAACAACCAAAACCAACAGCGCCGCUACCGUCGCAACUCUCUGGACAGUUCCAACCAUGGCAACGGUCACUACGACAACAGCCAGCAUGACGGAGGUGGUAGCGGUGGCAGUGGCAAUAGUGGCGGUCACCAGGGGCGACCGAGACAGAGGAGGGGGGUGUCACCUGGGCCAGGGGGGGAGAGAGGAGGAGGGAGGGACAGAGACAGAGAUGGAGGCUUCUAUUAUAGUCAGCACCAGUACCAGCAGUACCAUCACAAUCCCUACUACAACCCCCUCAGUGCACCAUUCCAGCCAGGACCUCACCCCAACUUCCACAGCCUGCCGCACCCUGGGCCCCUGCCCCCUCCUCCUGACAUGCUGCUGGGCAUGGUGCCACCGCCAGGGGGGUGGGGCUUCACCACCCCACCCAGGAUGAGGCGGCAGUUCAGUGCACCAGACCUCAAAAACAACAAGGAGACCCCCAUCUGACCUCGGACACAGGGAGGUCUCUGAUUGGCUGUGGGACACAGGGUGGUCCUGAUGCUGUAGAGAAUAGGCUGUGUGUGUGUGUGUGUGUGUAUGUGUGUGUGUGUGUGUGUGUGUGUGUGUGUGUGUGAGCACUUUUACUACACUGAUCGGCCCUUCACACACCAUCUAACAUCACACUUCUUGUAACUUCAGUCCUGCUGUGUGUGUGUGUCUGGAUUCUUUUUGUUAGCACAGGUUAGCUGUUACCAUAGCGACACUGUUUUUAGGAAAAGUGGAUUAUUUUAUUUUUUGCCAAUUGUUGAGCUGUUAAACAGGAAGUUUAUUAUGUGUUGAUGUAGGUUUACUGAUAUUUUGGUCUUGAUUGUUUAGAACAAGGUGCCUUAAAGCUGAAGCGUUAGCUCCCGGGGCUAGCUCCUGUUAGCAGAGGCCAUUUGUUGAAGCCGUUUUUUUUUUUAAGAUGAAGUGCAUUGGUUUGUUUUUCCUGGACAGGGUCAGUGUUUGUAAUUUAAUAGACUUGAGUUUUAGCUCCUCUGUUUCAGCCGCUAUUAGCCCAGGAGGCUAACUGGCCUAGUUCAGCCUGAGUGGUCAGUGUUAGCUUGAGCUAAUAGUGAGUUAGCCAGAAAAGGGCGCAAUAGACAACUGUCUGCUGUUUCAGGCUGAUAGGUUACAUGGUGAAGUGUUAACAGUUUAGCACAGGUGAAAGUAUUAGCUUAGCCUAGCCUAGCCAAGGCGGCAUUCGUGUUUUAUGGGAAUUAUGGUUUGUACGAACACAAAGAAUUUAACUGAAAGCUUUUUAUGUACUGAAAUAUUUCCCAUGUUACACCAGAAGGCGACCUGAACUACCACUGAUCACUGGUCAAAACAAACAGACUAGGGAGACCUGCCGUUAGAAUUAUAGCCUGUCCAAUACUGGAUUUUUGACAGAUAUCGGCUUCAGAAAAUAAAACCUAAGGAUACACCAGUCAACAGUCAUAGUUUCUAAAUGACCAUGACAUGUUUUUGGUAUUUCAGUGCUCACAUUUCAUUUAAGUUUCAUAAAGUCACUGUAAAUAAAAUGUUUAACUCACAAAGGUGCAUUUACUGUAGUAAAGCUCACGUAUUGGACUUCAAACAAACACGGUGUUUACGCGUCUCCCACAUGAAGACGGUUGGAGAACAUUCCUCUCCAGGCUUCAAGCUCGUAUUUACCGUCUCUCCCAUGUGACCUGAAUGCUGCGUUGCUGAGUGCUACAAACCAAAGAAGGCUGCUGUGUGGCGCCCCCUGCAGGAGAGCAGAGCGCUGGCAGGCACUGCUGUACAGACAGAUGGAGGGUAGGGAUGUUACCUGGAAAGCAAAAGGAUAAAAAGAUGGUUUAGAGUAAAGUGUGAGGAGAGGACGGAGAAGAGCAGGUGUUGUGGUUGUGAAAGUUGAGACUCACGUUGAAUCUUUUUAAAGUGUUGUGUGUAUAUUUGAAGUGUUUUUGUUUUUAUGAAGACGAAUCGAUUUCCAAACAGGCUGCAACAUAUGAAACAUGAUGGGCUCACCGUCUCUGGCAAUCAUCAGAGAUAACUGACAUGCGAUGCCUCACGUGAGAUGUAGGAAUCAAGAUGGAUUACAAUUUAUGUAGGGCUGUGAAAGCAAGGAACUGUGGGUAAUGUAGUGUGAGAGAGGGGGAUUAGAGAGAAGAGUGAAGAUGGAAAAGUGAGAUGCUUAAAAAAAAUCUUGAGAUUUGACGUUUUGUUUUUGAAGUAGGAACAUAGCCUACAACAUGUUCUGGGUGACAGUAACUUCCUCCUGGGAGGAGGCACUACGUACCUGACGCUACGUACCUGAUGCUACGUACCUGAUGCUACGUAGUACUUUAUGUCCACAUCAGUUGUGACAAGAAGGGGAAUAAACUGCUGCCUCACUGAGAUGUCAGGAAGUUGAUACGUGCGGCUUCUUCAAUCUGAAUGAAUUGAUGUUGCAUUUAAAGUCACUUUAAAAAUGUUUAACACAUUUAGUGGCAGAUGUUUUUUUCUACUGUUGCCAACUGGGCAGUCGUGUUCCCACAUUUUCUUCAGACCUUUUCCAUCAUUGUUGUUUUUUCUUUAAGGUGCCAUAUAACUAAUCAGCUUCUGUCAGAAGCAAAGAUGCUCAGCACACCUCAGUCUAAGGUGUGAUCCUCAAACUGAUGUUUCAGUCCACAGAUACUUCAAAAGUCGGAGGGAUUUGCUGUAAUGAUGAUGACAAAAAACACAGGAAGUGAUUGUGAUUGGCCCGAGAAGCAUGACAUCAGCAGAAGUUUAUGUUCGCCUUGUUUUGCUCUGCUGUCUCUGGAAUCGACCAAUCACAGGACAGUCCUGCUGCCACUGCUGGGCUUGAUGGGAAACUUUCUUCUUUAUCUUUUUUUUAUACGGUUUGUUUUUCUUCUUUCGUGUUUUCAUUUGCUUCUUGUCCUCAGUAUUUUAACCCCGCCUACUUGUCUGACUUUUGCUUUAUGAUGUCAUCACUAUUAUUAAGAAUAAUAUGAUUUUAAAGUUACGUGUCAAUACUGGGCUCUUGGAUGCUGCUAUGGGAGCUUCGUUGUGAUUGUG